AUGCCAAGCCCUCAGUACGCCAAGCCCUCAGUACGCCAAGCCCUCAGUACGCCAAGCCCUCAGUACGACAAGCCCUCAGUACGCCAAGCCCUCAGUACGACAAGCCCUCAGUACGCCAAGCCCUCAGUACGCCAAGCCCUCAGUACGCCAAGCCCUCAGUACGACAAGCCCUCAUACGACAAGCCCUCAGUACGACAAGCCCUCAGUACGCCAAGCCCUCAGUACGCCAAGCCCUCAGUACGCCAAGCCCUCAGUACGACAAGCCCUCAGUACGCCAAGCCCUCAGUACGACAAGCCCUCAGUACGCCAAGCCCUCAGUACGCCAAGCCCUCAGUACGCCAAGCCCUCAGUACGACAAGCCCUCAGUACGCCAAGCCCUCAGUACGACAAGCCCUCAGUACGACAAGCCCUCAGUACGCCAAGCCCUCAGUACGCCAAGCCCUCAGUACGCCAAGCCCUCAGUACGCCAAGCCCUCAGUACGACAAGCCCUCAGUACGACAAGCCCUCAGUACGCCAAGCCCUCAGUACGACAAGCCCUCAGUACGCCAAGCCCUCAGUACGACAAGCCCUCAGUACGCCAAGCCCUCAGUACGCCAAGCCCUCAGUACGACAAGCCCUCAGUACGACAAGCGCUCAGUACGACAAGCCCUCAGUACGACAAGCCCUCAGUACGCCAAGCCCUCAGUACGACAAGCCCUCAGUACGCCAAGCCCUCAGUACGACAAGCCCUCAGUACGCCAAGCCCUCAGUACGACAUGCCCUCAGUACGCCAAGCCCUCAGUACGCCAAGCCCUCAGUACGCCAAGCCCUCAGUACGACAGGCCCUUAGUACGACAAGCCCUCAGUACGACAAGCCCUCAUUACGCCAAGCCCUCAGUACGACAAGCGCUCAGUACGACAGGCCCUUAGUACGCCAAGCCCUCAGUACGACAAGCCCUCAUUACGCCAAGCCCUCAGUACGACAAGCGCUCAGUACGCCAAGCCCUCAGUACGCCAAGCCCUCAGUACGACAAGCCCUCAGUACGACAAGCCCUCAGUACGACAAGCCCUCAGUACACCAAGCCCUCAGUACGACAAGCCCUCAGUACGACAAGCCCUCAGUACACCAAGCCCUCAGUACACCAAGCCCUCAGUACCACAAGCCCUCAGUACGCCAAGCCUUCAGUAAGCCAAGCCCUCAGUACCACAAGCCCUCAGUACGCCAAGCCUUCGGUAAGCCAAGCCCUCAGUACAACAAGCCCUCAGUACACCAAGCCCUCAGUACGACAAGCCCUCAGUACGCCAAGUCCUCAGUACACCAAGCCCUCAGUACGCCAAGUCCUCAGUACACCAAGCCCUCAGUACGACAAGACCUCAGUACGACAAACCCUCAGUACGACAAGCUCUCUUAG